CAUGGCCUUCUGGUUUGAGUUCCACAAGUAGGUUCUGACUUCUGGGCCCUGGCACCGACUGAUCGGUUCUGAUCCAGCAUUUAAAAGUUUCCAAAUUAGCAUGCUGCGACAACGUUUUGGUCGCUUUCCAUUGCCGCUUCGCGGUUCGAGUACGUCAAGCAGUGGAUGCUUCAGGUCAUCCCUAAAGAAGCCGUGGCAACGAACUCAAUAAUGCAGCUCCACAAAUUGCUCGGGAUCCGAGGAAAGAAGAAAUUCUCCAGUGGAUAUGGUGCUUGUGUUGAUCCGGAACCUGAAUGCAAAGAUCAGGACUCUUGUAGCGCAGGAUGCGAAGCAUAAUCAUCCAAGGUUUAUGGACAGGUUAAUGGAGGCUAUGUAUGAAUCCGGUACUGCUUGGAAAGCCAUUCCAAGUCCUCACUCUCUAUUCACUUUACCACGUCACUCUACUGUUUCCUUUUUGAGAAGGAUUUUCCGCAACCGUCCUGUAGGUCAGCUUUUCGCUUUUCCUCUCUGUAUGGCGGAUAAAUGGGAUGAUUUGCAUCUUCGUCGAUUUCUUGCGAACGAUCAUCUGCAUUUGAAGUAGCUUAGCUUGCAGAAUCAAUUGUGGCUCUGAUUUGCAGGGGAAGAAAAACAGAGAAGGUUUAUCUCUACACUGAGCUGUUAAAACUCAUGGACUCUAUUUGGUCAUAUGAUCAAUCCAAGGUCAACACUGUAGAAAAUAAUAUGGACAUCACCCUGAGGUUGGGAAUGCCCUAUUCUGUUCAGAGUUAUAGUUGGAACAGCCAGACUAUCACUCAUGACAUAAUCCCUUCCCGCCUCAACAUCAAUACCAUUGGCUCAUCUAAUCAGAGUCAGAGAGCAGUGGACUCUAUUUGGGCAUAUGAUCAAACCAACCACAAUAGUGUAGAGAAUAAUAUGGACAUUACCCAAAGGUUGGGACUGCUCAAUUCUGAUCGAAGAUAUAGUUGGAACCGCCUGACUCUCACUCCUAAUGACAUAAUUCCUUCCCUACCCAACAUCAAUGCCAUUGGCUCAUUUGGUCAGCAGAGUCAGAGAGCAGGGGACUCUAUUUGGGCAUAUGAUCAAACCAACCACAAUAGUCUAGUAGAGAAUAAUAUGGACAUUACCCGAAGGUUGGGACUGCUCAAUUCUAAUCAAAGAUAUAGUUGGAACCGCCAUACUAUCACUCCUAAUGACAUAAUUCCUUCCCGACCCAACAUCAAUGCCAUUGGCUCAUUUGGUCAGCUGAGUCAGAGACCAGUGGCUCAACAUGGAUUAGGAUCUGCGCAAUGGACUCAGCAACCACUGGCACUGUUGCCUAGAGGACAUCUGAACCAUUACCUCCCUGGCUGUAACACGCCAAUGCGAAAUGCUGGAGUUGGACAAGCAAUGCAUAGAACGCCAUAUGUUCAGCAGGGCUGGGGUCAGCAACAUGGGGUCCAUUGUGGACAGGGAUUUGUGCAACAGCAUCAACGACAUGUCCGUUCAAACCUUCAGCAGAUGUUUCCUAGGGGCUGUUUUCAUUGUUAUCCGCCUCGUUUUAACACGAGAGUGCCAGGUUUUACCGGAGCCUUGCCAUUUCAAGUCAGUGUAGGAACAAUGGCUGGUGCCCUUGCUACUGCAACUCAUGAACAACAAAGGAUAAUGUUGGGUGAACUUUUAUACCCACGCGUUGAACAGUUUGUGCCUGAUGUGGCGGCCAAGGUGACCGGCAUGCUUCUGGAGAUGGACCGUAAAGAGAUUUUAUUUCUGCUUGAGUCACCAAAUGCUUUGAGUUUGAAAGUUGCUGAGGCCAUAGCGGUCCUAAGGGAAGCUAAUCAGCAGCAGAAAGACAACCUGGCUGGUCAGUUGGGAUUUGUGUCCUUGAAUGAUCAGGAUUGAUGUCGCUAGCUUUUUACCAUUGGUUUUUAAAUUUUUUUUUAAAAAAGGACUUCCUUUCAUUCUGUUGGUUGGAAUUGGAAUGUUGUGAAUUUUAAAAUUAUAGAACUAUAAUCUUGAUUUUGUUUUGUACUCAA